CGUGGCGUGGCAGCUGGCUCCGUCAUGUUUCUGCGCAAUCGUUCGACACCUGCCAGCACUUUUGCUGGCACGCCGUUCCACUCUGCCGACCACUGCCAACCGCAUCACGCACCCAUCACCGCGACGACCUCGUCUCCCGUCCACCACCGACCAGACCAAUCCCCCCUCUCUCGCCAGCGCGCACAAACACCGCCAACAUGUACGCCACUCGUGCCCUUCGGAUGAUGCCCACCCGCCGCAUGCGGGCUCCUCUCCCCAAGGAGGACCAGAGUGCCCACACUGUCUCUCAGCGCCUGCGGAAGAUCAAGGACGUCCCCGCCGAGCUGUGGCCCCUCGCUGUUGUCGUCGGCUUCGCCGUCAUGGCUGCCGGCUACUCUUGCGGCCGCAAGUUCUUCGUCGACAAGAACCUCCGCCUCGCCCGCCAAAACCGCAAGGACGACGCCCCUCACGCCGAGCACCACUAGAAAAUGGUCGGAAACCCAGAAGCUAUGCCAAUGAACAUCGCGGUUUCAUUUGUCAGGGAGUCAUCAAUGUGUACCAAAUUCUACAGGAGCUCGGAGGAAGUGGUCUGGAGUGUUAGCAAAACAUCCCUUGUGGUAUAUAUCAAGGCAAAAUGCGGGCUCGCUUUUGCCAAUCGCAACGGCGUCACCCUCUCUCUACAAAGAAUGACCUUUGUAAUAUGAUCCAAGCUGGUCCGUGAAGCAUAUGUCGUGUCUCAUCC